AUGAUGAGCAGACUCGGCAGAGUGUUGAGGAUAAGGUCCACAUACAAGUGGAAUGCCUCAGCAUCCCCACCGGGCAGGAAUUCCAGGACAAACACAGCCUAUGUGGGCUCCACUGUCAUGACUCAUGAGACACCCGUGGUUUCCUCCCCUCCACCACACAUGACCUAUGCUGCUCCGGCCACUGAGGAAUAGGGCCGUGAGCCAUACAGUGGUAUGUGCCCGCCAGGAACUCACACUGUCUAUGCUGCUAAUGGACAGGCGUAUGCUGCGCCCUGCCAGGACUCCUAUGCAGGACUUGAUGGACAGCAGCCUGCUAACCAAGUCAUCAUUCAAGAGUGAUAUCCAGACAAUGACAGUGACCUGGCCCUGGGCAUGUUGGUGGGAGUGGCUAUGGUCAUGGCCUUAGGGUCUCUGUUCUGGGUCUUUUAG